GGCCUGCCUGUGGCCUGUGGGCGCUCUGUCGGCGCUGGGAGUGGAGCGUCCUUUGCGUUGCCCCAGUCAGUUGAAUGAGCCCAGGUAGCUCGGCCGCGCCAUGAACAGGUUUAAUAUUGUCUUGGGCCAGGGGAUACCCAGGCCGACAGCCCCCAAGGUUUCUGGAAUGAUGGAAGUCAUUGCUCCUGAAGAUGGAUUUGUCCUAGAAACACGUUUGCCUUUGCCAAGGCUUAGUGGCUUAGGAAGGACUGAUUUAAUGAAGGAACAGAAGACUAGACAAAAUGGAAGGUUGCAUGUGUUUGGUCCUAAAGAAGAAGUAGUCCUUGAACCUGUUAAAAGAAUUCCACGCAUGGGAUGUGGAAAUGAAUCUAUAAGCAGACCUUACACUCCAUCAAAGCAGAUCUUGUUACGUGCAGCUAAAUCCGUAGAAAAGGGGAAUAAUUUAAAAAGAAUUGCAAGAAAUAAAAAUCCAAAGAUGAGUGUAAGAUUGCCUGACCGCAUAGAAGAAGAGACAGAAAUUCAUAAUGAUCAACAAUUAGAAACUGAUUUACAGAGGCUGAAUCAUGAAACUAAGAUAACUGAGGUGAAGACAGAAUUGGAAGUCAAUGAUGAAAACAUGAAAAAUUCCACAAUUGUUGAAAAGCUACCCAGUGGUGAGGUCAGUACUGAGAAGCCAAGGGAAGAUGUGGCUAAAGAAAAUGCUGACAAGAAGACACCAGAGAGUUCAGAGGACGAAAAUAAUGAACAAAGUGACUAUGAAGUUGAAAAGAGAAUUGCACCGCUACAGUUAAUGGGAGAGUUUCUGAAGGCAAUAAUGGAGCAGAAAUACAGCCUUGCAAAAAAGCUUUGUCAGAUGAUUCUAAUAUAUGAACCAGAAAACCCUGAGGCCCUGCAGUUUCUUCCACUUAUUGAGAAAAAACUAGUAUUAGAAAGCGAACGUGCUGCUAGAGAAGAUGAAGAAACCGGUGAAGGGAGCAGUGAAGAGGAUAGCAAUACAGAUAAAAGUGACACUGAAAGUGAAUCAAGUUCUGGAGAUUCUGAUAAAGAUGCUUAGAAAUUUGAAGAGACCAUGAAUACGUGUGUUCUUAAUUAUCUUUUCUUUGAAAUGCACAUAUUAAAAUGAGCUGGAUUAAUUAGAAGAAUCCUACCCCCAAAAUAUGUUUUUUUUAUGCUUAACCUUGCUUUCAGUGCUCCCCUGUUGCCAUCAAGCUGUUAUUGUUACUGCCAUAAGCAACUCCUGAAAGUUUUGUCGCUGAUCAGCAAUUUGUGAGGUGAAAAGCUCCAGGGGCUAACAUAAAAAGUGUUCCGUUCUGUUGAUUCUAGUAGCCCAAGCUUCAGGGCUAGCCGAGCACACCUCUUCCUGGCACAAGACUAGCACAGUGUGUUGGCAUACAGGACCAGGGGUUUAUUGGUGUUGAAAGUACUGUAUUCAUGCAGCUCUAUUGUACCAUCAAAUCUAGUGUGCACGUCAAUUUUCAAAACCUUGAAACCCAAAAAGUAUUUGCUUAUGUCAGCAGUGUUUUUCAAGCUUGCAAUCGAAUCUAAUGCGCCAUCAAAUCUAAGGUGUACCCUAAUUUCCGUAACAUAAUUUGGGCAAAAACAGUGUGCAUUACAUUCGAGUAAAUAGGGUACAAUGCAAGAGUUCUGUGGGUGCCAGGUGCAACUUUUUGCUGCAAUUUCUACGUCUCUUAACGAUUCAGCUCAGCACCUAUCCUCUUACUCUCAUUUCUGCCCUCUUCUCUCUCUGUCCUACUCUCUUAAAGCACCGGCAUUUGUAAAAGCAGUGCUGACAGACAGGUGAAUAUUUGGGUCUCUGUGGGCAUUUGUAUGCAACAAUUCCAAGAAGUUAUGAGAACACCAGGAGACUGCAGUAUCCAUUAUCACAUUAUUUUUCAGCAGUUUUCCUGGGGCUUGUCUGUAUUUGAGGUUUUAUAUCAGUGAGGCAAUAUAUUUCCUUGAGUAACAAAUGGAGCUGCAAACCUCUCUCUCUCUUUCUCUCUCUCUCUCUCUCUCUCUCUCUCUCUCUGUGUGUGUGUGUGUGUUAUAUAACCCCAAUUAAUCAAGCAGCAAAAUUAUACCAAUAGAAAGUUGUUAUUUUAUCUGUGAAGGAGUCUCUAUCAAGAUUUUGAUCAGAGUAUCACCAAAAGCACAUCUCCUUCCAGACAUUGUCUA